AUGAAACUGCAGGUGGCGAACCUAUUGCGAACACUUGCUUCAGAGGAAGAGAAGACAAGCCGCUUAACAGAGAAGAACGCAAGGAAUGAGGCUCGAUGCACAGAACUUCAGCAGACACUGGACGAGGAGCGAUCCGUCCAUCAGCAGACGGAAGAAUGUAUUCGCAGGAUGGAGACGGAGCUCAAUAAAACCAGAUUACAAGUAGAGGAGUUGCAGCAGCAACAGGAGAGUCAAUUAAGAACUCUGACUUUGGAGGAGGAGAAGACAAGCCACUUAACAGAGCUGAAUGCAGAGAAUGAGGCUCGAUACACAGAACUUCAGCAAACAUUCGACAGGGAGCGGUCUUUCCGUCUGCAAGCAGAGGAAAGUAAUCUCGGGAUGAAGACGGAGCUCAUCAAUGUUAAUGCUCAGGAUGGGGACAAGGCGGGGAUGAGUCAUGUUAAACUAGGGUUGAAGGGAGAGCGGAGCCGCAGGAAGGGGGGAGAGGGGCGGAAGGAUAGUGUUGGAGAGGGGACGAAACCCUAUUAA